CCCUUGAGUAGUGAUCUGUCUCAAGUUAGUAGUGGAGGGUCGCCUUUUUGCUGGACAAGGGCCGAAGCCUGUGCCUAUAAAAGGGCAAGCUGCUAAGACAUUGAGCUGUGGGUUGAAAUAGAAUUGCAACUUUCACUAGCUCCUUUGCUCAUUUGGGAAAAAAAUGGCGGAGAAGAUGGGUGCAACUGUUGCCGAUGCUGUGGACUUUAAAGGGUUUCCUGCCGAUAGGUCUAAAACCGGUGGUUGGGUGCCUGCUGCGCUCAUCUUAGGAAUUGAAUUAUGUGAGAGGCUUUCAACAAUGGGGAUAGCAGUAAACCUCGUGACCUACUUGGGAGACACAAUGCAUCUCCCAAGUGCUACUGCAGCCAAUAUUGUAACUGAUUUCAUGGGCACAUCCUUCAUGUUGUGUUUACUUGGAGGCUUUCUUGCAGACUCUUUCCUUGGCAGAUUCAAGACAAUUGCAAUCUUUGCCCUAAUCCAAACCCUAGGUACUGGCACAUUGAUGAUUUCGACAAAGCUUCCACAGCUACGGCCACCUAGCUGCAACACCCAUCUCAUUACCAACUGCAAAAAGGCCAAUGGAUUUCAAAUGGGAAUUCUUUAUUUGGCCCUGUACCUAAUUGCACUGGGAACUGGAGGGCUAAAGUCAAGUGUCUCUGGAUUUGGGACUGAUCAGUUUGAUGAGAAGGAUGAGAAGGAGAAGACACAGAUGGCCUAUUUCUUCAACAGGUUCUUCUUCUUCAUCUGCACCGGCACUUUAAUUGCGGUCACAGUGCUCGUCUACAUUCAAGAUGAAGUUGGCAGAAGCUGGGCUUAUGGAAUAUGUUCAGUCUCAAUGUUUGUGGCCAUCUUGAUAUUUUUGUCAGGGAGAAGAAGAUACAGGUACAAGAAAAGCUCGGGAAGCCCCAUAGUUCACAUUUUCCAGGUUAUAGCGGCUGCUAUCAAGAAGAGGAGAAUGGAACUUCCAUAUGAUAUUAGCAUGUUGUAUGAGAAUUCAUCGGAGGUUUCAAGAAUCCAUCACACAUAUCAGCUUCGUUUCUUGGACAAGGCGGCCAUUAUGGCAGAGGGUGACUUUGAGAGCAGCAGUAUGGCUCCAAAUCCAUGGAAGCUAAGCUCGGUGACGAGGGUGGAAGAGGUGAAGAUGAUGGCGAGGCUGCUACCGAUAUGGGCCACAACCAUCGUAUUUUGGACAGCAUAUGCGCAGAUGAUCACCUUCUCUGUGGAGCAAGCCUCCACCAUGGAAAGAUCGAUUGGGGAUUUCCAAAUCCCAGCAGCCUCUCUCACUGUCUUCUUUGUGGCUGCCAUCUUGAUCACUCUCGCGCUAUAUGACCGCCUCAUCAUGCCUCUCUGGAAGAAAUGGAAAGGCAAACCAGGUUUCACGAAUCUACAGAGGAUUGCCUUAGGCCUCCUCCUCUCAACGCUGGGAAUGGCAGCCGCCUCCCUGGCCGAGAAGCGAAGAUUAUCAGUUGCCAAACAUGUGGGAAGAAACACUGCAACUCUCCCCAUCACCGUGUUCUUGCUGAUCCCACAAUUCUUCCUAGUUGGAGCCGGGGAAGCCUUCAUCUACACCGGGCAGCUCGAUUUCUUCAUAACUCAGUCUCCCAAAGGGAUGAAAACCAUGAGCACUGGCAUCUUCCUGACAACUCUGUCCCUCGGUUUCUUCAUCAGCAGCUUCCUGGUUACGGUGGUGAAGAGGGUGACUGGAAGCCAUGAUGAACAGGGGUGGCUGGCUGAUAAUAUCAACUAUGGGAGGCUUGAUUUGUUCUACUGCCUGUUAGCCAUUCUCAGCUUCAUAAACCUCGUGAUUUAUCUCAUUUGUGCAGUAUGGUACAAGCCAAAGAAAUCCAAAGCUGCCGUGGAAAUGGAGGCCCUGCAGCUUGCUCAAGAGAAGUGCUAGAUAAUUAAGUUUGGAUUGGCUGUUUUCCUUUGCUGCCACUGUAUAAAAGGAAAUGGUUUGGGUCUAGGAUUGGUUUUGGGUUUUGUCUAGCUUUCAUCGUUUGUGUUAUUAAUGCAUUGGCUUGAAUUUUUCUUUCAUUUUGUUAGAUAACUCCUUAAAUUCAAAUUAAAUACAGCUAAAGUUGUGACCUCGUUUGGUCAAUUUGAUUUUCUCA